GGCAACCCUGAUUUAUAUGAUAGUAACACUGCGCUUAGUUUUCAUUAAUUUUUAAUAUGUCAACACUGUUCUCAACUCUGCAAAAUCAACACAAAAUAAAAUCACUUUUCACACAUUUUGCAAUCGUCGCGUCUUGUGUUAUGAUAUAAUUUGUAACAAUGUUUAGUUAAAAUAGUGUUCAAGUGAAUAGUAAUUAAACAAUUACUGGAAAUCAGGAAGUGAUUAGAAGCUGUUGUCAGAAUGUAGCGCUUAGUCAAGUUCCCAAAUCCACAAUCCCUAUUUUUAUUGAUCUUUUGUUGCACUGACUGUAAAUAAAUAGAGACUGUGAAAAUGUCUGUGGUUAAAGGAAAGCUGGUGAAAAUGGAAGUAAUUCAAGUUGGUGAAUACGAAUUCACCAAACAAGAUAUUAUUGGACAUGGAGCCUUUGCUAUGGUGUACAAAGGAAGGAAGAGAAAGAACCCGUCACAAUCCGUCGCUGUCAAAGUGGUGACCAAGAAAGGUAUCCAGAAGGCGUCGGAGAUCUUGGUUAAGGAGAUCAAGAUAUUACGUGAGCUGACAGCUCUCCACCAUACAAACCUGGUGGCGAUGCACGAUUGCAUGGACAGUCCCGCCUAUGUUUACGUCGUUAUGGAGUACUGCAACGGAGGUGACCUGGCUGACUAUCUGCAGGCGAACCGCCUGCUCAGCGAGGGUACGAUCCGGCUGUUCCUGAGACAGCUGGCAGAGGCCAUGCGUGCCAUCCACGCCAAGGGCAUUGUGCACCGCGACCUCAAGCCUCAAAAUAUCCUACUCACACACAACGUUGCCCCGCCUCGCACGCCACACCCCUCUGAAAUGACGCUGAAAAUAGCUGACUUCGGAUUUGCAAGGUUCCUCGAAGAAGGCAACAUGGCCGUCACUCUCUGCGGCUCGCCUAUGUACAUGGCACCAGAAGUUAUUAUGUCACUAAAGUACGACGCCAAGGCAGAUUUGUGGAGUUUAGGCACGAUUGUUUAUCAAUGUCUAACUGGAAAAGCUCCGUUUCAAGCCACCACUCCUCAUGAACUAAAAGCUUUCUAUGAAAACAGCGUAGAUCUUCAGCCGAAAAUGCCAGCGGGGACGAGCCCAGAACUGUGCAAUCUGCUGAUCGGCCUACUGCGACGGAAUCCGCGCGAGCGCAUGCCCUUCGAGGCUUUCUUCAACCACCCGUUUCUACAGAGGCCUCGCUAUACGUCCAGUUUGGAUUCCGAUCUGCCUGAUAUAAUGGAGAGCGAUCUCGAAGGCCGUGCCGAAACUAACUGUUUCCUAGAAGAGUCGUGGCAGAGCCAGGCGGGUACCAGCGGCGUACCGUCUGCGGCUCCGAUGUCGCGGGUGGCGAGCGCUCCACGAGUUACAGCGCCCGCCCCCGCGCCCCCUGCGACUGCACCCUUAGCGCCGCAGCCCGCGGCACUCAAAAAACCACACCCCACAUCUUCCGCCGAGUCGUCGGGCACGACCUGGGCGGACGACGACGGGUUCGUGAUGGUUGACGCGGAGGGCGGGUCGGGCGAGUGCUCGGCCUCGUCAGGCUCUGAGGCGGCGCCGCGCCCGCGCACGCUACCCCUACAGGCUGCGCCGCCCGCGCCGCCGACUGCUACUCAACCACCGGACGCGGUACAGUUCCGGGUGCCGUUCACAAUGGGUACACCGCGGCUACGUCGGCGAAGUAGUAACUCUGGCAGCUCGCCGCCUCCGUCCCUGUGGCAGGUGUCGCCAACGAACGCCAGCCCGCUACGCAGAUCAGGGUCUUCGCCACCAGUAUCGCUCACGCUAAAGGCGUCGGGCGAAGUAAGCGGCGGCGGAGGUGGGUCGCCUAAACGCAGCGUCGCUCUACCCGAUACGCUGCUGCGCGGCCUCAAGCUGCAUCAACCCGACCCACCACUACAUAUACCCAAUCUGCAGGAGGAGACCAUCCUCGCGGAGGAACAUAGUAAGGUGUUCUCACAGCUGAACUUCGUGCUCAUGUUAGCGGAGCUGCUGUCAGAGUUAGCCGUCUCGUGCGGCGCGCCAAUCGCCGCGCUCAUGGACGCCUCAGACGAGCGGUGCAACGAGAGCGUGCGCCUGGGGCUGCUAGUGCAGGCGAUGCAGGCGUUAGCAGCGGGGCUGCGCCUGGCCGCCGCCCACUACCGCAACCGCACGCUGCAGCCCACGCCGCAAGUGCGCAGCGUGGUAUCCCUGAUGAACGGGAAGUACAAAUGCAUCGUCAACGAAUCAAGGAGACUGCACGAAGCUGGCGUGACGCCCGCCGUCUGCGAUAAAAUACUCUACGAACACGCCAUCGAACUGUGCCAAAUGGCGGCGAUCGAGGAGUUGUUCGGCGACGUGAAGGAGUGCGAGCGGCGCUACAUGUCCGCGCAGGUGUUGCUGCACUCGCUCGUGCAGCGGCACCCGCUGCAUCCCGCGCACCGCACCACGCUCUCCAAGUAUCGGGAUGCAGUUCAAAGGCGGCUCAACUGCCUCAAAGGGCCACGCAAAAUAAUGGAAGUGAAACUCGAGGCCGGGAUCUCAUAAUGAAAUAAGCUAAUAACACGUAGGCGUAAGCACACUAGACGCAACAUGAGAAGUGAUUUUAUUUUGUUCUCCAAACUGACUCAAUGAGGGUCAGUUUAAAGAAAAAUGUAAAAAGGAAUAAGUAAAUGAAUUAUAUCAAUAUAAAAAAAAUGUAUACAAAAUGUUUGAAAUGAAUGAAGAUUACCUGAGAUUGCAAUAGUGAAUUAUAUUUUUUAUAUGCAGUUACAGUGCAAAGAUGAAAAUCAUGUAAGUUGUAGUAUAUUAGUCGCCUAGGAGAUGUUAACCUAACUUGGAAGAUCAGACAGUAAUUGCUUGGAAAUUAAUAGAAUAUAGAUGUUUGUUUGCAUUGUUUUUGAAAUAAAUGGUUGUAAGUAUUCUUAAGGUUUGUAAUUGUACUACAAUUUUCACCACGAGGAGCAUAUUAUCCGUAACAACUAAGUUUCAGUACUUGUAAAAUAUUUUUUCAGUCCUCAUGUUAUAGAUUAUCUUACACAACAUAAAAAAUCUAAAAAAAACGUAGAAACGUAGUAUUGUUUCAUAAUGCAUAGUUAAAGUAAUGUUUUAUUAUUACCAACUAUAGUGUAUUAUGUGGAAUGAAAUUGUAAAGUAUAUUAUCUCAAUAUAGACAUAAUGCUAUAGAGAUCUCAUUAUUGACCAAUAACAAUAAUUAUGGCAUUUUUAGGUUAAGUUACAAAUUAUUAGUAUUUCUUUAAAAUAACUGAUUGAACCUUUUAAUUUUUACGUCCUUUUCAAGUCAUUAUUACUCUCUUAUUUGACAAAUUGUGAUCAUAUGUAUUUCCACCUCAUAGUGUCCAAUGCUUUAUUGAAAUAAGAAUAAAGACUGUUGUAUUAUAAAUUUUUUGUUUUGUUUUAAUAAAUACUUAUUUUUAACAUCAUAA